AAAAACCAUAUACUUCAGUCCCGCGUUCACCCGUUUCAUGGAAAUAAUCCCUCGCAGAGUACAAUAUGUAUAAUCGAAGUUUGAAAACAUAUAUAAGCGUAGUUUUGUACGCUUGAAUACUAAACAAUGUGAGUGAAAUUCAGUGAAACUUAUUUCACUCAACAUGAAUUAGCUGCAAUAUCUUUCGUUUAAUCUCCGUUUGUUUGUUUGAAUCUCUGAAGAGUGCGAGAGUGAACACAUCGCUGAAGAAGAAGAGAACAUCAAAACAUAGAAAUCUGUGUGCGUUAUUGUAUGUGAAUACGAUAAUUCUUUGUCGUGCGGGCUAAAAGUCGAGAGACAAUUCAAAAACAGUAGAGUGUGGAUAGUGAAAUAUGCAGCACAUUGUGACGUCUUCUUCGGAACACUGAUCGUGCUCGAGUGCAUGUUGGAUGAAUUAAACUCAUUUGUGGAGUAUUAGAGUGUGACGCUGGUUAACCGUAUUCAUGCGGGAUAAGAUGUUAAUAUUGUCUUAUUAUAUAAAUUGCACAUAAUCAAAUAGAUUGUGGAAUAGUAAAAGUGAAAAGUGAAUCAAUCUGUUCUGUUGUGAUUACAAGCUUGGGAAAUGUUCUAAGAUAUCGCAAAUAAACUGUAACUGUGGAUGAUUCUGUGUAAUGAGUUAAAAAUAAAAAGAUCUCGGAUCAAAUCAGAACGAUACGACUACUAACAUAGCUAUGGAUAAGCUCGUGCUUUCAGAUAAUCCGAACUAUUUCGAUGAGGAAGCUGCUAACAGAAGGUGCGAACCUAACAGUCGAAGUUUCUUUCUGUUCAAGAAGCGCAAUUCGAGCAGCAAGGUGACAACAUCGAAGUCUAAUACAAAAGUCAGUGAAGAUGUACCAGAUUCCAAAUGUGACGAGCGCGUGAAAGGUAUUCCACGUUCACGUAGUAAAAGCACAUCGACAGCUGUGAAACCAACCGGCACCAGAAAAAAACAAUUUAUCACCGAUCAUCAAAACUGUAUAAUAGCUGGGUCCCCAGAAAGUAUGGACUCGAUUACAGAAAAUAGCGAAAAUAACGAUGUCUUUUACUCCAAUUUCACUUACAGUAAAGAUAGCAGAAAUUCACAUCGUGAGAACAUAGACGAUAAAUCUAGUCAAGAGUAUGGAGGAGAGCAAAGAAGGCAUUCAAUUGGAACAUUCAUGGGAAAAGAACAUUCGCGGACUGAUUCUGUUUCCGAUGAGGUUCCAAAAAUGCAGGCACCCAAAGCUCCAACUAACGUCGCAGGCAAAGGUUCGUCGGCUAUGGAUGACAUCUUAUUUGUUUCGGUUCGCCAUAACGAGAUGGUUACUGUGUGGGUGAACCAUUUGAAAACAUGUUUCGAUAAAAUCACGAAACAGCGUGGGAGGUUACCCUUCAACUUUUUGCAUCUCAAAAUAGACGAGGAUCAAAUAACGACAGAUCUAAUACAACGCUGCCAUUCUACGAAACUGCAAAUUGUGAUCGUCUGUCCAAUUCUUCUCUCGUUGUCGGCACAAUUUCUUCUGUCUAGCCUUGGGUCAAUACUAAAACCAGAGCGCGUUUUAGGUAUGCUUUUAGACGUAACCGAAACACGCGUUUGGGAAAUUCAUAAGAGCACGUUCCCGGCCUUUUCUAAAUGGCGCACGUGCGUGGUUGGAGAUCACGAACAGUCAUUCGUGAGCGAAUUGCUAGGAAUUGCUACAGAUAUUCUUGGACGUGCUCUACGACAACAGCCGCUUUCAGACGCUAUAACGACGAGCAAAAUUGUCUCCACAGCUUCUUCGCAUACUCAACAUGAUGCGUUCACAUUAUUUCCGAGAAAAGUGAAAGUUGGCCAAAACAAGAUAAUAGCGAUUCUAGUCGAACCUUUAAUGAAAGACGAUUGGAUGAAAAUUAAAAUUGAAAAAUCCAGUGAAAUCAUAGAAAUAACUAACAUCAAACGACGGAAUCCUUAUACGAUACAGUUCAGCAUACCAGAGUGCUGCAUGGAAGUUUCUAUGAUGAUCAAUGUACGAUUGGAGAAAAAUGAUGUGGAUCUAGGCUGCCGUCCGCUGAAGUGUGAAAGUCGGCUGCGUGAACUUGAGCAAAUACUGAAGGCACAGGAUGCUCCUAUGGAAUUUUUGUGUCAGUCGCUUGGUAUAGCCAGUGCAGAUCGAGAUAAACUGGACACAUAUUUGCUGCAGUCGUUUCAAAAAAAUAUGCCACCCAACUUCCAUCUGUUGAAUUACGAGGAUGCCAUCAAUCCAAAAACGCGAAGAGAAGCUAAUCCCGAGGAAUAUCCAACAAUGAUGCAUUUUGCUGCAAAUUGGGGCCUUGAAAGACUGUGCGUUCAAUUGAUGGAUUGUCCAGGAGGCGAUGUUGCAUGCGAGAUCAGGAAUAUUUCGGGCCGAACUCCAGCCGAUUUGGCCGAAAUCGGAGGUCACUUUAGUCUCGCAAACAGCUUUAAAAAUUUCAUGCAAAUGCACGAAUUCACUACAAUGUAUCACUAUUUCAAAGGAAUUAGCGAAGCAUCGAAUAAAAUAGUUAUAGAGCCCAAAUCCUCAUCAAACUCAAGAACCAAAAGAGACACAGAGGUAAAUGUGACCAUGCCAUCGUCGCGUAUAGACGGAACAUUACGCCGUCAUCAUCAAAUUGAAGGAUACAUGGAAAUGAAUGCCACUGGAAAUAAUAUUGAACCUAGUCAAAAUGAUUCUUCAAAUACUGUUUCCAAUUUGAAUUAUUUGAACUUGGAUUGUUCGGAAGGCCAAGAAGAAUUUAUAAUGGAUCAAGCCAAGUUUGCUAGAAAAAAUGAAGAAAUAACCAACAAUCUCAAUUUUAAACAGGAUAGCCGUGAAAUGCAAAAUAAUAUGUUGUCAAAUGAACUCAAAUUUACAGAGCUGGAAUAUUUCGAAUCCAACGACAUAAAUAAGAGCGAUGCUUUCAGCCAGGAAUGCUCGAAUGUAUUAGAAAACUGCAAUAUAGUAGACAAUAACGAUUUUGAUUAUAUGGUGCAACCAUCGAACGUUCCGGUGAGGACUUUCGAAACUGGAGGAGAUUAUCUGAUACAACCAUCCAAUAUUCCUAUAUUCCAUGGUCAUACUAAACUUGAUUCCACCGCUGGACACCAAUCUUUGCAAUUCAAGAAGCAGACGAAUGUUGAAGACAAUGAGGAAAAAGAGAUUUCACACAUAAGAGUGAGUUUUCAUAAAAAAGAUCGCGAAUCCGAGUCAAAGACGAAAACUAGCACUUUAAAAAGACAGAAAAGUAACACCUCUGAGAAGUCAGUUGAUGAUGAGUUGUUGGAAAUUAUCACUGACUUUAAAAAUAAUGUGUUCACAAUUCAGGAAGUAGAACAACUGGUUGCUUCCUGGAAAUCUCGAAACGAUGUCCAGAAAAGUUUCAGAGAGAAACAGAUGCAAUUACAAACAAUGCGUGAAGAAUAUGAUCGUAUCCAGCAACAAAUGAACGAUAAACUUAAAAGGCCGUCGCCAUUUGAGAGGAUGAGAAAAAUGUUUUCCAGAAACAGAAGUUUAUCUGAUAAGAAAAAUGAUUCUUGUGCAACCGAAUCAUCGGAUCUCUGUGACGAUAUUAAAUUCUCUAUGUUAGUUCCAACAUCACAAUCCCACCGACCCAUAAGUUCAGGAAGUCUUCAGAGUGUUUCCAGCGGAUCGUCCGGACGUAUUAGCACAUUCAGCGGAACAAGUAUUGGUGAUAGCGGUACACAUUCUGAUUCCGAAGACCGGAAGUUUGGGUUAAUAAACAGUAUCAAUGAAAAAGAACGCUGCCAAAAUGAUGUCAUGGAAAAUUACAUGAUUCCACCUGCCCCCAGACCAGUUGACGAAAAUAUUCGCCCAUGCACUUCGUCGAUGAAUGCUGAUGAGCACUAUACAAUUUUUCCUUCAAAUCUACCAGUAUUACAAGGAAACUCGAAUGAUUUCAUUAAAACCUCUAGUGUGCUUAAACCAAUUGAUGAAGCCAAAGAAACUGACGCACUCAUACAGCACAUAACAGUACAACUACCGGUCCAAAGCAAUUCAUAUACCGAGUUGAACUUCGAUUGGUUCUCAACAACCUCAUUCAAGAGCAACGUAGAAAAAUCUAGCACAAAAAAUAACGACAAUAAAACUUUGGACGGGUAACUACAUCCAGAAGCAUAUGGAAGUCUGGAUAGCUCUGCUUUAAUCCAAAAUGUUGAGGCAAUAUUACCUGUGCAUAUAAUAAUUCCAAUUUUUUUUUAUUAUUGUAAUAGUCGAUAAGGUCAAAUCCGUAGAACUACGAUUGCUAUUUACAAUCCACUGAAAUAAAUUUUAUACAUCGAAACUCACAA